CCACGUGCGAUAAUAAAGAUAUAAAUUUUUUCGUUAAUAUUUUAACGCCCAAAAUCGAUCGACGUUCUCCGAAAUAGCUUACGAACGCUUAAUCACCGAAAAUAUGUAUCCGCAACUGAAAAAAUAUCGAUGAUCUCAACUCGCGCUAACACAAUUCCAAUUUGUAAACAUUUUUUUCCUUUUAAUCCGUCAAAAACAACGUUAUAACCGAUUGCAACACCAUGUUAUAACAAGCCAAAUGCAAAUUUGCAUCAUUUUAACUAAAAACUCAAUAGAGACGACACCAAAAAAAAAAAAAAAAUACAAACAAAAAUAAGAAGUGUUGUUAUCUAUCAGCGAUUAAUCGUGGAUGAUAUUUUUAUCGACACCGUUCUGAAUUCAUAUCUCCAAGAUCGAUAACACCGUUAUCUUUGAAAGAUUCAAACUUACAUUACAACUCACCAGAUACAAAUUAGUAAUAACUUGUUAGGUGUAUAUCUAAUAUCUCAUAAGAAAAGUCUUUGAUAAAGUGUUUGAAGUGGUUAAAAAUGCGGUUUAAUCUUUUUGGUUUUAAAGGAGAACUUUCGACAAGCGGACAAAAGAAAAAAAAGGGAAAAACUAACGAAGAAGAUGUCAUCGUUGGUGGAACAUUUCGCGUUCAAUCCGAAUUCGGUCCGAGUUCCUCCCGAUUUAAAACGAAAUCAAUGAACGGUGCAAAAUUAGCAGAAAAUACUGCUAAAAAUGGGAGUGUUAAACCGCAAAAUUGGUGUGGAACUCCUAUUCCUAAACAAGAUGUUCCUCCACCACCUGGUGGAUAUAACGCUGAAGUAACUCCUAAACAAAACGAUGUAAAAUCAAAACAACCAAAAUCAAAUUUGAAAAAAGUAGCUCCUAUUCCACCUCAAAUCGAACCCGAAAUAGAGAAAAAACCUCAACCGGAAGCGAUAAAAAUUCAAACUGAAGUUGAACCAAAAUCUUCAACAAAAAUUGAAUCAAAAUCUUCAAUAAAAAUUGAAUCAAAAUCAGAAAGUGAGAGUGAAGACGAAUUUGGUGCGAAAAUUUCAAAACCAACACAAAACCAUACAAGUAAUCAAAAUGACUUUAAAACUGUUGGGAAUGAAAAUCAAAAGAAAUUUAUAACGUUGGAUGGUUUUGAUAAUAACGAUAAUGAAAGUAGUGAUGAAAGUGAAGAUGAAUAUGGAGCUAUAAAAUCAACGAAAAAGACUGAAGAUAACACCUAUUAUGGCACGCAGAACACCAGUUUUGAAAAGGUUCAAAUAAAACAACCUCAAGAAUCACCGAAAGCACCGAAAACACCGAAUACAAAGAGUAAUUUUGGUUAUAGUGAUCAAGCUGCAAGUAUUUUCUUUAGAAGUGAUAGUCCCGAACCAGAACAACGCGUAAGAAAUUUUAGCAUAAAAAAAGGAGAUGGUGAUGAUGAUGAUAAUCUUAGCCAAACUAGCGCGUAAAAAAAUAUAUUUUGGCAAAACAUUUUGAGGAUUUAGAUUACGAUAGAAAAUCUGUUAUAAAAUAAAUUUAUUUAAUUAAUAUUAUUAUCUAAUUGUAAGGCUAUUGAAAGUAAUUCCGAUUAUUUAAGUGUAUCCGAGUGAUACUGUUACUGAUAUUAGGUAGAUAUUAAAUUUUUAUUGCUGAUAUCCGACUAUGAGACGACUUUGUUAACAAUGUUAUUAUUGUAAUAUGAUUUAUUAUUGUGUACACUUCCUUGGAGUUUUUAACAAAUAAAUUUUUAUUUAAGUUA